AUGAUUCGCAGUCCACCUAUCGUUAGCUAUUUUUAUUUAUGGGGUUACUUGAUUAUAUUCAUUCUUGGUUUUACUGGUAAUAUUGCUAGUCUCUUGACUUUUAUCCAACCUACAUUAAGAAAUGUUUCGACUGGUACACUUUUCAUUGUCUUAGCCAUCUCAGAUACACUAUUUUUGUUUGCAUCGAUUUUUGAUUUCAUUGAUUUUGGUUUACAGAUACCUCUUAAUGGACGUCUAAACUAUGAUAUUUUAUGUCGUUAUCGAAUAUUUAUUAUUUCUAUGACUCAAAUUUGUUCAGCAUGGAUACUUGUUAUUAUUUCAAUUGAUCGUUGGAUUCGUGCACGGUUUCCAUAUAAAUCAAUCACACUUUGUACUCCAAAGAAAGCUUUAAUUGUUGUUGUAAUCUUAGUAUUUUUUGAUGCCAUCAUUCAUUCACCGAUGUUAACCCCAUUAUUUGGAAUGUUAUUACCGGGUGUAGCAAUUGUAGCCUGUGGUCCAAAUGUAAAACAAAAAAUUUAUCUAAAUUUCUAUUAUUAUAUAUGGACCAUUGUACAAAUAUUUAUUAAUUGUCUCAUUCCUGUUGUAUUAAUGUUACUUAUUCUUCUUGAUAUGUUUAUUAAUAUACGUGUACGGAAGCGAGCUCUUAGUCAACAAAUAAAAUUUCAAAAUCAAACAAGAAAUCGUAGUAGAAGUUUUCAAAAAGAAUUGUUUUUAUUAAUGCUUUCAAGUAUUAUUAUAUUUUUAACAACAACUCUUCCAAUAGCAAUCUAUCGUAUUGUAUUUCCAAAACAAGUGUUAACUAUGAAAGUUGAAGAAUAUGGAUCAGUUAUGAGUAUAUCAGCAGGUUUAACGUGUUUUUGGAGUUUUAAUUAUGCCAUAAAUUUUUAUAUUCAUUGUUUAACAUCAAAAUUAUUUCGAAAAGAAUUUAGAGAAUUAAUAAAAUUUAUUUCAAAAAAAAAUCAUUCAACAGUUGUACAAAUCAUUUAUACUAACACAACACAUUUCACUGCAAAACGACAACAAUAA